CUCUUCCCAAAGCAGCUGCGCUUUCUUGGGCCGGCGGGCGUCGGGUCCCUUUCAUAGGCAGCCGGCCCGUCUAUCUGGGGCAAGGAUGAUGCGCUGCGGCUGGAUGGGGAGGCGCAAAGCUGCUCCUCCCUGCGAUCGCCGCGAAAAAGUCCAGAUCUAACACUCAAAGAGGGUCUAAUAAACCGCAAGCCACAUUUACCACCACCCCUCUCCAACUUUUUCCUCUGCAAUUUUAUGCGCGCUUGUUUUCACGGGGAUCAGCGGCGCUCCCUUCCGAAUCAAAAGGCGCUGGGCUGCGCAGCGCACAAGGAGGAGGCGCGGGCCCGUUGGCAGGAGGGAGCAGCCCCCAAACAUGAAAUGUCUCGACGUUUUUCCUCCAGCCCCCUCUGGGCGACGAGCGCCUGCCGGGGCGUGGCUAGAGCCCAUUAAAUGCGCCUGCUUCGGAGGCGGCUGCGCUGCGCUUCCAGCUCGCUUCUCGGCCUAGCGUGGCAUUUCGCUCCCCCCUCGGCGCCCGGGAAAUCAUGGCCAAAUACGUGGAGCUGUGCACCAAAGCGAAGAUGCCCAUUCUGGGCCUGGGCACUUGGAAGGUAGGUGUUUGUCGUGUCAAGAAAGAGGGAUGAUAAGCGGGUCUCUUGAGGCCGAUGGCAUCUUCCAUCUGCCCACCACCUCCCAGUUCAUGCUUGCUGGGCGAUCUUUUUCCUCCCCUCGGACAAAGCUUUCCACUGCGUCUGGCAGCAUCCAAAGGAAUUAAAAGCUUCGCUUUCGCUUCGUUUUGCACGCCCAAAAAUAGGGUGCACGUUUGCUGCUUUUGCAGUUUUUACUUUAUUUCUGCUUUUUCCGGUUUGCCUUUGAUCAGAUCUGCCUCUCGGGACACUCUGGUCUCCGUAUCCCCUUUAAUAUAUUUUGCAGAUUUUGCUUAAUUUGUCUUUUUGGUGGUAUAGAGAGCGGAGCAAUUCCUUAUUCUGUGAAAUGCAAGCAGCUGUUAUAUAACAUUCCUUCCUCUUUCCUUGAAAGCCCGUUGUUAAGAUUAGUAAAUUGCAUGAAUAAAAUUCCUUGUGCUGUGCUUCUUGGAUAUUUUUUGUGGGGAGAGGGGCAGAGACAUUACUGGAAUAAAAAAUGUGGGUCAGAGUUAGGGUGAAACUGGUUUAUAAAAUGGAUUUCUGGAAAUGGUUUGGUCUAUUUUAUAUAAUUGAUUUCAACUUUGUUUAAGACUGCUUUCUAACACAGUUUUCCUCCAUUACCACCGUAACAUUAAAAAAUAUAUUAAAAAAUUCGAAUGCCAAUAAUUCUGAUGUACCUCCAUGCCCAGGGCUGCUGCUCUUAAACUCUAUAAUUUGGCAGUAAGCCCCCCCCCCCAAAAAAAAACUUUGUGGAAUUAAUAGGGGUGAAGUGCACAUUUACCAACUUCUUUUUUCCCUGUUGGGCCCUUAAGUGUUUUAUAUGUGGCAUAAAAAUUCUGCAGGAAGAUUGCUUUUGUCUUCACUGGCUGCUGGGGGAAAAUAUUUGCCUUCCAAAUUUUUGCAGAUUGUGUAGCAGUUGAAGGUAAAGAAGCUUCACUGGGGAAAUUUUUGGCAGUAAUGCAGAAUUAUUUUAUGCACGCUUAGUUGGAAGUUCUAUUCAGUUCAAUGAGUCUCUUUCAAGGAGUGGCAGAGAACGUUCUCAUCCUGCUAGAUUUUAUUGGCUGCCUGAAGGAGACUAUUUGUAAAAACAGUGAAGUUUCUUUUGGUCUCCCAAGCUUUGCUAAUGCCAUUUUUAGGGUUUAAGCUGUGUAAGAAAACAUUUAUUUUUAUUUCUUAAAAAAAGAAAAAGAAAACACACAUCGGGUUUUUUAAAGGGGGAAGGCGUUUUUGCAGCUUGAAAGAGAGACGCUGCAAGUAUGGCUUCCUCGGAUUUCGAUGUCCCGAGGCGAGUGCCUUGGCUCAUGUAGCCAAAGCAGCCCUACCCAUGCUCAGGGGGCCGGAGGUAUCAAAAGACAUUGGAGAACCAGAGAUUUGCAGAAAUUAAAAAAGAAAAUGCUUAAGAACAAAUCCCUAAGGGGAUAGAGGGAUGGGGAACCACCUGGGAAGACGAAUGUAAUCAUUGAUUUUUAAUGAGGACAGAGUGUCCUCAAUGUCCAUGAAAUGCUGAGUUGGGGACAGAAAACUGGGUAGAAAUGGAGUAUGCUGGAAGGUAUGGGCUAUUGGAACACUUCACAAAAGCAGCUAUCUAUUUAUUAUAACAUACACGUUUUGCUUCUCCACUGAGCUCAAGGUAGUACAUGUGGUUCUUCUUCUCCUCCCCAUUUAAUCCUCAUAAGGUUAGGCUGAGAGAAUGUGAAUUGACCACCAAGGUCACCCAGUGAGUUUCAUGGCAGAUUGGGGAUUUGAACCCAGGUCCUAGUCCAACACUCUUAACUGCAAGACCCAACUACUAAGUGUAGCUGCAGGCUCCACUUAAAAUUGAAGCGAGUAAGAUAAACGGCGGUGGGGGGAUCUGAAGAAGCAGCUGGCAAAGUUUGUAGAGAAAAUGCAACAAGGAAACUGUGUGUGCUUACAUGUUGUACUCUUUGGGCGUCUUUAAUCUCAUUCCAGAUCUGUGUUGUAGAGAAAUAACUUCCUUUUCUUACAAGGAGCAGCAGCAACUUCUGUUUUGUAGAGGGCCAUUUUAUUUUAAUGAGGAAAAAGUGGAAAACGGCAUUGUUGGUUUGCUUGUUUUUCUUUUCCAGUAGUUUGAAGAUAAUCCUAAGGGUCGACUUAAAAGGAUGAUGUUCUCAUGGGACAAAAAGACAUAACGUGCUGGUGAAUUUCUGGAAGCCAGCCUUGCAAUUCAGUCUGUUUUGGCUAAUCAGAGGUUUAGCACAGUUCAGCCUUCUCCAUCCUGGUGUCCUCCAGAUAUUUUGGACGGCAGCUCCCAUCAGCCCUGGGCACAAAACAUCUGGAAGGACCCAGGUUGAAGGAAGCUGGCGAAGAGGAUGAGCUUUGCACUGGGCAAGCUCACCUCUACUGAGUACUUUUUAUUAUCUGAGCUGCUUGGAGGUUCCCCACCUUUUAGGCCCCAGGAACCAUUUUUUCCUCACAAGCUUCUUCUGAGAGCUCUGAGCAAUCAGGAGCUAUAGCUUCCUGCCAGUCAGGCCUUGCUCAUUUGCUUCUUGGCCCCCGCAAGCCCUACUGCAUUACCUUUCGGGAGGUGUGCUUAGAAAGGUAACAAAGAGCGAUUUCAUUCCCAAGGGUGCUGGAGACUUUAAAUGAAGCUUCCAUUUGACUCUGCAGCAAGCCACACACCCUCUAUUAAGAACUUGAUGGACAGGCUGGUGCAAGCUUUCUCUCUUCCACCUCUUCCUCAGACUGAACCUGUUUUUGCUCCACCCCACCCCACCCAAAAGGAUUUUUGUUUCUGAAGUGUGUUUGUUGUUGUUUCAACCAUCAUGGUCAUAUCAACCACUGGAAAAAAGAAUAUACGUCCUUUACAGUAUAUACAUAAAUAUAGCAUUAAAACACAAUCACAUACACUCACACAAACAUGAUACUAAUAGUUUUUUUAUAUUCCAUUCCCAAUUAAAUCUUUACAGUCCACAUUAUUCUCAAUUUUGGGGCAGCAACUGCGAACCUCACAAAUUUGUCCUCCACAAAUUUGUCGAAACCAGACAACAAAUAGGUGAUCACUUGAUCAGCAGUAUCACGUCUCUUACUUAGCAAAUCAAGGAUAAACUUAGUUCUUGGUUCAGAAUACAGAGAGCAAUAUAGUACAUAAUGUAUAGAUCUUCUGCUGCUUGGGUACCAAAAAUUUGGUACUACCAAAUUUUCCUGUAUCAUCCCUCUAAAUAUUCUGAGGGCAUAGUGUGAAAACGCAAAGCCAGAAAUGCUUUCCUAAGUGAGCAGAUGAGUAAAACUUACAGAUAAUUCUCAAAAGCAUGUGUUACUUUAAUUAAAAACAACCGUGGAAAGAACAAUGUUUUUUGGAUUGCCUGUAGAUCUUUAUUUCUUAAGAUUCUUUUGUACUUAAGCAGAUUUUGUAGCCUGUUGCUGCCUUCCUCUUGUGUGUAGAUAAUGCCACUUCAACUGCAGAAGGAGCAGCCCUCAGAACAAAGUUUGCUAAUAAUAUAUACAAUAACUUGUAUUUAGUGUGGAACAGCCAGUGCCAACAAAAAUAAAUAGAAGAAAGCUUAUGAGAACCAGAGAGGUUCUGGGGCUGUGCACUUGCCACACGUGAAUUCCGUGUGCGACCCACCCUGUGGCUGCAUGAUUAUUAUUAAAAUAUAUUUCCUGCCAUUCCUUCGAAAAGGAGCCAACAAAGUAGUAAAAACAUUAAAGAUAAGAACAUCUAAAAGUGUUCAAAAAUAGCCACAUACCCUCAUAAUUAAUAAUUUCAAGGUGCCAGAAACUAUCUUUCAUUCAUCAAACGUAUGGGUGAACAGGAAUGUAUUUAAAUUCCUCCUGAAUGUUAAUAAAGAGUGGGACAGACACACCUUGCCAGGAAUUUUGUUCCACAAGCGGAGAACCACCACCAGGAAGGCCCUGUCAGAGGGCUGCCCCAGCCUGGCAGCACUCGGUGGCAUGGACUGGCACUUUCCUGCCAAUCAUUGGGCCAGAGAUUAUUUUGAGAGAGGUGCUCUUCUAGGUACUUUGAUCACCAGUCGUUCAGGACCUUGUACACUAGUACUAAUACCUUGGACUGGCCUUGCAGCUCACUGGAAGACUGCCAGUUUUCUAUGUUCACCACAUAGACAAUAUGUCAAUGUUUCAGCCUGAAAAUUAUUCCCCACCACCCCAAUACACAACCUUUUGUUGGCAGUUUGUUCAUUUCAGUAAGCUAGAGGUCUCGGUGCAAUCCAAUAAAUGUUGGGCAAUUCACUCUGCCGAUGAUGAGCAGUGACACAGAGUCAGUCAAGCAGGAUCUCUGGCUGUAGGGACCCAUCUGUCUCAAACAAGAUUCCCUUCUCCUAAUUCUUCCAUCUAAUAAACACUGCAGCCUUUGGCCUUUAAUACUGGUGGCGUCUAGACAUCCUUAAUGAAACGGGCCUACAAAUUUAUUUGCCAUUUGCUAUUUUGCUAGAUGCUUUGAGGGAUAGCCAGAUCCAUCUCCUGGUCUACUAGUUCCAGCAAGCCCUUGAGGGUCUGGACUUCUCACAGGCUCCCAAGUCUUCCUGUGACGUGCCUUGCAUCUGUGGGAGGAAAGAAAAGCACACGCCUGAAAAUAUAAUUUGGGCAGCCAAAUGCCAUUUUGAUUACGUUCAUUGCCUGGGGCACAGAUAAAAGCAUAUCCAGUAAUGUUACAUCCAACAGCUGCCCCAAAACUGAUGACACUAGUAACUGAGAUGGCUCAGUUGGUAGAGCAUGAGACUCUUAAUCUCGGGGUUGUGGGUUUGAGCCCCAUAUUGGGCAAAAGAUUCCUGCAUUGCAGGCAGUUGGGACUAGAUGACCCUCAUGGUCCCUUCCAACUUUAUGAUGCUAAGUAUUUUUAGUUGUGCCUAUUGAUAAGCUGCAAACCACUCAGUAUUUUGCUAAGAAAACUCCAUGGACAUAAAAAAGGAGAAGCUUUGAGAAGAAAGCGAGAGUUUCCAAGGCAUGCUCUGGUUCAUGGGGUCACGGAGAGUCGAACAUGACUAAGGCGACUACAAAAUUGAUAAGCUAUAUGCUUGCUUGCCUUUUCAUGUUUGUUAAAUGAACUGUUAACCAUUGGUACAGGUUUUUUUAAGUGUUAUAUUGUAGUGAUAUUAUACCUUUUAUUAUAUAGCCACUGUACUAUUUAGACUGCUUUUUAUGUGAGCCGCUUUGAGCACAGCUGAAUAUGUAGAAAAUUGUAUUACAGUGGUACCUCUGGUUACGUACUUAAUUCAUUCCGGAGGUCCGUUCUUAACCUGAAACUGUUCUUAACCUGAAGCACCACUUUAGCUAAUGGGGCCUCCCGCCUCCACUGCACCACCGCUGCAUGAUUUCUGUUCUCAUCCUGAAGCAAAGUUCUUAACCCGAGGUACUAUUUCUGGGUUAGCAGAGUCUGUAACCUGAAGCGUAUGUAACCCGAGGUUGUUGUUUAGUCGUUUAGUCGUGUCCGACUCUUCGUGACCCCAUGGACCAGAGCACGCCAGGCACCCGAGGUACCACUGUAUAUAAAGAAACCGAUGGUGAUAAUGACUAUUUACACGUUAGCAGCUUAAAGGGGCAGCAAAGUCAUUUCUUCUCCCUCACACACAUGCAUGUGUGUUUCAAGUUCAAUUUUUUACAUUGCUGAACACGCCAGAGAUGUCUUUGCCCAAUACACAUUACCUGCUUCCUUUGCUUUUGCCUGCCACCCACUCAAACUAUCCCUCUUGCUCCCAAUAUUAGCCUUUGAUGCGAAUAUAAGAUUCUGCGAGCAUGACAAGGCUGCUUUUUAAUUUGCCUGCAGAAGAAAGGUAGAACGCAAGGAGCUGUCUUUAUACUAAGUCAGAUCUGGCCCACCAUGGCAAAAAAUAAAUAAAAAGGUUUCCCACCUCUGGUUUAGGAUCUUUACCAAGUCUAUGGUGACCAACCAUGGUGGCUGCUGCUCAUGUUUUAAGUACAGUGGUGCCUCGCAAGACGAAAUUAAUCCGUUCUGCGAGUAUCUUCGUCUAGCGGUUUUUUCGUCUUGCGAAGCAACCCUAUUAGCGGCUUAGCGGAUUAGCGCUAUUAGCGGUUUAACGGCUAUUAAAGGCUUAGCGGCUUAGAAAAAGGGGGGGAAGCGGAAAAAAAUCUCAAGACUCGCAAGACAUUUUCGUCUUGCGAAGCAAGCCCAUAGGGAAAUUCAUCCUGCGAAGCACAUUGAAAAACGGAAAACCCUUUCGUCUAGCGGGUUUUCCGUCUUGCGAGGCAUUCGUCUUGCGGGGCACCACUGUAUUAUGUCUGUGCUAGGCCCAGAGUAUUGACAAUGGAUACAUAAAGGAUUGUGGAGCAAAGAGGAAGGUGUAGCAAGUUAAUGGGAUGCUUGAACAGGAUUUCUCUGUUGUUCAGUCCCCACCAGGGAAAGUAGCAGAGGCUGUGAAGAAAGCCAUUGACGUGGGAUAUCGCCACAUAGACUGUGCCUAUGUGUACCAAAAUGAAGAAGAGGUUGGCAGUGGAAUCCAGGAGAAAAUCAAGGCCGGUGUUGUAAAGCGUGAGAACCUUUUCAUUGUCAGUAAGGUACAUACAUUUAUACCCCACUUUCCCACCUGCUGGGCUUUGAAAAGUGGGUUGCAACAAGGUUUGUAAUGUACUCCUAAACUUUCUUUUUUGCUUGAUGCUGACUGUCCCCAGAGAGAAGGGCCCAAUGUGCCACUUUCCAGAUAUUUAAUGGACAAUGCAUAUAUGACGCAUCCACAGGGGAGCUUCUUACCUUGGCAGGUUCCAGCGAGAGGAGGUGCUUCCUGAGUUAUCCUGGUCAAUAAGCUAUUUAGGGCUUUGGAUGUUAAGACAAGCACCUAGCAUUUGGUUUGGGAAUAGAUGAGGAACCAGUGCCGUUUGUUCAGGACUGGUGAGAUCUAUCCCAUACACACAGUCCAGGUUGUAACCUAUGUUUUCAUAGAAUCAUAGGACUGUAGAGUUGGAAGAGACCCCAAGGGUCAUCUAGGUCAAUCUCCCCACAGUACAGUAAUCUCAACUAAAGCAUCCGUGACAGAUGGCCAUCCAACGAAGUGCAGCAGUGAGGGACGUUCUCAUGGAUGUGAGUAAGUGGCCAGGCUAGGAGAGACCAGAGCCAGUAUGCCAGCCCCACCUGAUGAAAGAUGGUUGGGCUUCCAAAGAGAAAGGUAGGUCUAAUAACCCCCCAAGGGACACGGGUGGCGCUGUGGGUUAAACCACAGAGCCUAGGACUUGCCAAUCAGAAGGUCGGCGGUUCGAAUCCCCGCAAUGGAGUGAGCUCCUGUUGCUUGGUCCCUGCUCCUGCCAACCUAGCAGUUUGAAAGCACGUCAAAGUGCAAGUAGAUAAAUAGGUACCACUCCGGCGGGAAGGUAAACGGCGUUUCAGUGCGCUGCUCUGGUUCGCCAGAAGCGGCUUAGUCAUGCUGGCCACAUGUACGCCGGCUCCCUCGACCAAUAAAGCGAGAUGAGCGCCGCAACCCCAGAGUCGGCCAUGACUACUGGUCCUAAUGGUCAGGGGUCCCUUUACCUUUAAAAACCCCCCACCCCAAGCUGAAAGUCCGAUCCUUUAGAGCAGAGGUGAACAGAAGGUGGAUCAGGUUCUGUUGAUCGAUCUCUGAGCAAUGUGCAGGGCAUUACCAAGAAUUUCUGACUCUUAGUUGUUGAGCAAUAGCAACAACUCCACAACCACCAUAAAAAAAAAGACUAGGUUGCUGAAACAAAGGAACUAGGGGAAACCAGGAGUGAAUUUUGUGUUGUGAAGGAACCGUUGUGUGCUCAGUGCUAAGGGAUGGUAGGAGUUGCAUUCUAGUCACCUCUGGAGGGCCACUGCUUCCCCAUCCCUGCAAGAUUGCCAGAUUAAUGGAGCCAUUUCCAUCAGUUCAUGUGAUAGACCUAUUUUCUUCGGGGGGGGGGGAUAACAUUGUGGUGGAAGGAGCUCUGAGUGAGAGGCAGGGAAGAAGAGACUUCUCAAAGGAUGAGAGACUGGGUGAAGAAAGAAAAGAUCCUCAGGGUCCUUUCCAACUCUGCAAUUGCACGAUUCUAUGAAAGUCCCCAGGUGAGAGCUGGGAGGGGCCACACUUUCUGUUUGAGACAAGGGUUUUUGAAAGAGAACUCUUUGUUCCCCCCCCCAUUUGUUUUUAUUUAGAUUAGUUUCUUUUAUCCUAUUGUAUUAUGAAAAAGCUUUCAUAAAAUAUUAUUUUAAAAAGAAAAAAACAUUGUGGAAUAGAUGUAAUUUGGUGAAUUAACCUGUGUUCUUGCUAUCCUUCCUCUUCCCACCCCCCUCCCAGCUGUGGUGCACAUUCCACGAGAAAGCCUUGGUGAAGGGUGCCUGUAAAGCAACUCUUAAAGCCUUGAAGCUGGAGUACCUAGACCUCUACCUUAUUCACUGGCCUGUGGGAUUCAAGGUAUUCUUGUUUGUUUGUUUGUUUGUCUGUCUGUCUGUCUUUCAGUUUCUAUCCUUACCUCUAGGCAACACACACAAAUAAAUCAAAACGGCUGAAAACAACACUGCAAAUUACAUCAUAUAAAUCAAAAGAAUAAAAAGUAGGGACCCAUGGCAGAGACCUGUUCAUUGAGCUGAGAAAGCUGGUCUGAACGCAGCCAUUUUCAGUUGUUUCCAGAUAGUGGACACCAGGUGUAUAGUUGCAAGGAUGCUGCUCCCCCAAACUGGGGCAGCUGCACUAAAGGCCCUGCUUCCAAGUUAUGGUGGGUCAGGCAUCUGGUAUCCUUGCAACUUGAAGGGAGAAGCUCUCAUGCAGACUGCAUUUCCUUCCUUUGCUGGCUGCCCCUCACAAAGUCUUUAUAGUGGUAGAGCAACAUUUAGAAACCACUGGCCACUUCUGCUAAAGGCAGGUGUGUAGAAAUGCUAAAGGCAGAAGUAUAGGGGCCAAUCCAAAAAUGCAGGGUCACAGCCACAACGCUUCUAAUAUUAUACAAUUAUACAACAAUGAUUAGAGAUGCAUUACAACAAUCAGUGCAGAUCUCUAUGUGUUGCGUUUCAGUUAGAUCUACUGUUUUCUGUGGAUGUACACGGGCAAAUGGUUUGGAGUUCUCUAAUCCCUCCUUUCGGAGUGUGUGCUUUCCACGAAGUUCCACUGUACGUAACAGAACCUGCACAUCUUUGUCUUGAAACUGGAGCACCUCCUGUUUUCAGUGUUCCUAAAUGCUUAGCUUUGGAAAAUAUGGUGGCAAAAAAAGAGCUCCCCUUUCAUGCUGAUUGGGUGACUCUCGGACGCUGGAGAUGGGGCCCCCUACAGAAAUAGUAAGGGGUCUUUGACCUCCCCCACCUACCCAAGACCCUGGGCCACUUCACCACUGGCUAAAGGUAUAAAAAAGAGCAUAUGGUUGGUAUUCUUUCAUUGCGCUUGUGUCUGAAAAAGCCGUGAGCUUGACACUCAAGCUUCUGAGAUCCUGGAGCAGGGAGCUGUGAUGAUUCUGCCAGGAGUAUUUUAGUGCAGAAUACUUCUCACCUCCAGGCAUGCUUACGACAGAGGAACAGUCUGCUCCAGUUACCUUCUAGAAUUAUGGUUUUUCAGAAAAAUAACUGAAGCGGUUCGCUGAUCUGGUUGCCUGGCUGAGCAGUGGUGUCGCUUGAGAGCCUGGUUUUUCUUGCCCCGUUGUACAAAGAAAAUGCCACACCGUCCCUUUUACACUGGUGCUGUAUUUCAGUAGCAGAGCAUGUGGUUUGUGUGCAGAAUGUGCAAAGGUCAGUCCCUGGCAUCUCCAGGUAGAGCAGGAAUAUGGUCUGGCUUGGCACAAAGCAUAUUCCUUUGUUCACAAGGUCCCAGGUUAAAUUUCAGGCACAUCCUGUUAAAGUAUAUUGGGGACUGGGAAAAGCCAGUUGUCUGACUCUGCACAGGACAGCCUCAUCUACUCAAAAGCAAACCCCUCAUGUUCUUGCUUUGCAUUUGGCAGGCUGGCGAUGACCUAUUCCCAUCUGAUGAAACAGGCAUGAUAAUACCCGAUAACACGAAGAUUGAGGACACCUGGGAAGUAUGUUCCGCUGCAGUUAAAGGUUUCUCUUUGUUCUGUGUGCAAUUUCUUGCAUUCACCUUUUGCAUAGAUUGCAGCUAUUUAUGGCAGUUUCUGUUGGCUUAAGUUAUGCUAUAUAUCAGUUCCUUGCAUAGUUGCAAAUACCAUAGAAAGGUCCCUCUUGACUAGGGUUUGCAAACCUCGGACCAGGGAGCCAGAUGUGGCCCUCUAAGCCCCUUUUUCUCUCCCCCCCCCCCCGGGACUCUUCUUAUGCCAGGCACACAUCUUAUCUCAUUGCCUUCACUCUCCUUGAGUGGUUUUGCCUGACUUGAAUGUGUUGAACGCUGAUGGUGCCUCUUUGCAUCUCUGGAUGGAAGAUGGAGAGAGGAGUUUGUAGAAACAAGCCUACUGUACAAAGCUAAUAUUCAUUCAGUGCUCUGGCCACUUUUGCUUCUGGUCCUGCAUCCUGGAAGGUUCCUUAAAAAGGAGCGUGGAUCUUGGGCUGAAAAAGGUUCCCCAGCCCUGCUCUUGACUUUGGUAGGAUAUUUGCAGAUUUAUGUGUGAAAGCAAAUUUACUUAAAAAUAUGUACUGAGUUCUCCUUCACCGUUGUGGCCAUGCCAGACUAGAUGCCAUGUGCAACAGAACCAGUGGGCAUCACCAGAGGAAGCUGCUCAGGCGCCUGGGGCAGCGUGGCCAGGGGUGGGGUGAGCCGCCCAUAGGGGCUAGAGUGGGGCGCACCACGGGGCCUCCGGAGUCUGCAUGCUUCGUUCCACUCAGCCGCCCUACACAGCUUGAAGACUUUACACAGAGAGGAACCCCACGUGGGUUUCCCCACAUGUAAUGUAACAGGCAGGGAGCCAGCCCAGAUAGAGAGAAAGACAGCAAGCAUUUUAUUCCCUUUUUAAGUGCCGGCUGCAUCCAUCACUUCCCUCACACCCCAUCUCUCCUCCUAUGCAUUCCAGGGUUUGGGUCCUGAGUUGAGGGAGCUUUUGUUUCUCUCCUUCCAGGUCCCCAACACAUGUCUAAACUUGCCCCAUAAACUGCGUUCUUGUCUCUCUCUCUCUCUCUCUCUCUCUUUCUGUGUGUGUGUGUGUGUGUGUGAGAGAGAGAGAGAGAGAGAGAUCACAUGUUACAAUGGCGCAGCCAGCCGUGGUAAUGCAGUGCCGCAAUUUCUUACAAGGGAGUAUGAAAUUCCCCUUUUCAGUACGCGUCCCUUGUGCUUAGGGAAUUAAUCUGCCUUGAAUAUAGAAAAUAUUAACCUUUGGGCGGCUUCAGUCAGAUACAGUGGUGCCUCGCAAGACGAAAUUAAUCCGUUCCGCGAGAGUCUUCGUCUAGCGGUUUUUUCGUCUUGCGAAGCAAGCCCAUUGACGGAUUAGCGCUAUUAGCGCUAUUAGCGGUUUAGCGGCUAUUAAAGGCUUAAAGGCUUAGGGGAUUAGCUGCUAAAAGGCUAUUAAAGGCUAUUAAAGGCUUAGCAGAUUAGAUAAAGGGGGGGGAAAGCAAAAAAAAAAUCUCAAGACUCGCAAGAUAUUUUCGUCUUGCGAAGCAAGCCCAUAGGGGAAUUCGUCCUGCGAAGCAACUUCAAAACGGAAAACCCUUUCGUCUAGCGGUUUUUCCGUCUUGCGAGGCAUUCGUCUUGCGGGGCACCACUGUAUAGGCACGCCUUCACUUAGGAGCAUUAUUGAAUCCAGUAGGUAUGUAUAAACGUAAUGCAAGAUCCCUUCGGCGUUUGCAGCACCAACCCCAAAGUGACCCUUUAAAUCCACUUGAUAGUCCAGCUGUAAGCACUCAUCUUCCAGGCAGAAUGAAAGGUGUUCCCACCGAUCCCGCUUCCAUCCUCUCCCCUUCCCACCCCCUCCAUUGUUUGCUUGCCUGCCUCCUUCCCGUCCUCUCCUCUGCCUGCCUGCCUCCUCCAGCCGGGAGCGCGGGGCAAUGGUGCACCGCUCGCCUGUGACUCCCAAGACUCCCCCAACUCCCAAGCUGUCAAAACAAAAGGGGAAGGCCGCCGGCAAAGCGGCGCAGCUCCCUGCCUUCCCCCAACAGCUCAGGGUAGGCUUGGGAGUCGUGGGCGGGUGGCACACCAAAUGUCACACCCCCCCGGGAUGACACCCCGGGUAAACCGCCCCCACCGGACCCCCUCCCUCCGCCACAAUCAGUGGGGAGUAGUCAUCCCCAAACACCACCACACACAUGUGCUCCCACCCCCCUGACCAAAUAGUUAUUUCUGUGUGGUACAGUGGUACCUCUGGAUGUGAACGGGAUCUGUUCCGGAUCCUGAAGAGAAAGCAACCCGUGUCUGCGCACGCACAGGUCACAAUUUGCCGCUUCUGCACAUGCGCGUGGUGUCAUUUUGAGAGCAUGCGUGAGCGGCGAAACCCGGAAGUAACGCGUUCCAUUACUUCUGGGUUGCCACGGAGCGCGACCCGAAAACGCUCAACCUGAAGGAACUUUAACCCAAGGUAUAACUGUACUGGUUUUUUGGUCUGGAGUUCCCAUUUCCAAAUUCCCUUUCUGUUCACAGAGAGGUGCAUAUGAUAGUUUUGAAGGUGUUAUCUCAUUAGACGAGAGCUUAGCAGGCUCAAAAGGGUGACAGCUUUCCAAAGUCAGGCCAGGGGGAAUUCCUAAGGACAGUGGGGAGAUUUAUGUUUGCAACAUGUUUAUGUAAUAUUUGGUCUUCAUUUGUGUCCCCCCCCCCCACCAGGCAAUGGAAGAGCUGGUAGAUGCUGGAUUGGUGAAAUCUAUUGGAGUUUCCAAUUUCAACCACGAUCAGCUUGAGAGACUCUUGAACAAGCCGGGGUUGAAGUACAAGCCUGCAAAUAAUCAGGUAGGAUGCCCAGCAAUGUAAACAGAAGCUUUUUAGGGGAUUAUGAAGGGUUGAUCAUUUCACAGCAGCAAGAAGACACGGGAAUUAAAAAAAGAAGAUGGGCAGAUUUCAGUGCUUGUAAGGAAAUUCUGAAUUUAUGGCUAUUUUGCUUUUCUUAUUCCACAUCAUAUCUUGUCCAUAGUCAUUUCCAGUGCUGGAAUCUUUGAUCUCACAGCAGCCCUGUGAAAUUGGCCGAUGUCUAUGAGGUAUCUUUUCAUAGCUGAACUUAGAUUUGAGUCUGUUUCCCUGCAGCGUCCACACCCGGGAUUGGGGAAGCAUGUUGAUUAUAGUUAUUUACUUAUUUCAUGAAAAUUAUACACCACCUGAUUGUAACAAAAUAAAAGCGCCUCACAACGCUUUUCAAAAAAGAUGAAGACGUUGAGGAAAGAGUUAAGAACACACAAAACUUUCCCCCAUCAGAAAUCAUGGAGACUUAAAGUAUGCAAGAGCUUGUCCCUUGCUUUACGCUCUUAUCAGCCUCAAAGGCUUGGAGGCAGGAGGUUUUCAGCUGGCACUGAAACUUAUCUGCCUGAAUUAAUUACCUGAAUUAAUCAACACCUGCUAUGGUGUCCUCCUCUCAGUUGGAAAUUGCUCAGUCAAAAUACUUGUCUGAACUUCCCCCUGUGGAGUCAUUUUUGUUUUUUUUAAUGGUAACUUUUCAGAUUUUGCAUCUGAACUCUUAGCUUUGUGGUGGACUCUUAGCUUUGUGGUGGACUCUUAGCUUUGUGGUGGGCGGACAAAAGGAUGGUUGGAAUGGAGUGAGUGGGUAUGUUAUUUAUGCUAAGUGAGCAUGAAAUUAAGCCCCAGAGAGCAGUGCAUACUGAGUCCAAGGUAUCGUGUGACAGAGACAAGGAUGCACAGGGAUCCUGUUGCAUCCUAAAUAUAGUCUGUGUGUUCUGCUAGAUUCAUAAGUCUGCACAGAAGCGUCACCAGUGUGCUUCUUCCUUCAAACAAGAAGCUGAAUUUCUGGAUACUGCCGGAACAUGGUACUCCUACAGGGGCCUGGCUGUGAACUGAUUAAAAAAUAUACAUGCAAAACUCAUGCAUGAGUUUUUUGGGAAGUUGCCAUUAUGCCUCCUUAAUAAAGCAGUUGAAUCCAGAAAUAAAACUCGCACAAGUUUGCAGCUCUAUCCAGUAUAGUUCAGCACCCUUCUUGGCUGGUCAGGAAGACUAAGCCCCAAUAAGUAAAGACUGGAGUGAUCACAAUUCUCCACACCCCACAGAAUGUUGAACAAGAUGCAAGAAAAACUCGGUUGUUCCUCGUAUAUAUGCACAUCCCGCCACUGCCUUUGAUAAAUGGUUUCUCCAGGGUUUUGUGCCAUUGCAAAAACCUUGAAAACCAGCUUGACCUGAGAUAGCAAUGGGAGAAAAUAAUGUGUGCGUGCUUGGUGCUUGCUUGAUUACUUUGUUUAUUUGAAAUUGCAUUUCUCCUUCGUAAUUCCAUUUCUUAUUCCUUGUUUUUGUACAAUUCGUUCUUCUACUUCAACCUUGACCAGCAUAACUGUCUUGCUCGGGUGGUUGAGAAAUUGAAUUGGGCCUUUAAAAGUGCUGCUGGAUAAGGAGGAAAUCAUUGGGGAAAGCUGGUAGUCUUCUAUUAAACGGGAACAUUAUGAGUGCCCUGUGAAAAUCCCACCAACUAUGAAAUAAGUGCUGCAGUCCAAGAAAAGCCUAUAUGGGGAGAAUCAGGAGUGCAGCGACCAGAGAUUGUGGCGUUGGGGGAAAAAGUAAAACCUAUUUUGUGGUUUUCUAAAGAGGCCAAACUAUGUUUGCAGAUGAAUUAUGGCUUGCCUGUUCAACUGCCAGUAGCUGUUCAGGAAACCUGCCAGGAAACUUCCUAUUAUAUGCAUAGUUGAUCUCUGAAUGCAAAUCUUAAAAUUCUCUAUUGUUUUGUUUUUAUUGCAGCCUGCCCUUUUCUUUUUUUACAAACAAGCAGUGAAUUUUUUUUUUUAAUGAAAUAAAUAAAUAAAUGAUGAAUGCAAAUAAUACAAAUUGUUUUCUUCUAUGUUUACAGAUUGAGUGCCACCCGUAUCUUACCCAGGAAAAACUGAUCAGUUACUGUCAGUCCAAAGGGAUCGCUGUCACAGCGUAUAGCCCCCUCGGCUCUCCUGACAGACCAUGGUGAGAAUGUUUGGUUGUCUUUUAGUGCUUAGCUAAAUGUGCCAUGAGCUUGGAGCUCCACAUCUUAGUGAGUAAAUGAGUAAUGAAAGUGGGCUAAGGGAUAACUAAGCCGGUUCCAACAGCCCCAAAUAUAUUAAGCAUUUGUAUUUGAAGCUAUCCACUAUGAUGAAAGUUGUGUUGUUGGCAUCUGUCCAUCUCGAGAGACAAUGGAGUGUGCCUCUGGGGUAAAGCCAAACUGCUGUGUUAGCAGCACCGAAGUGACCUCCCUGGGGUGCAAGUCUGGGCAGUGGGUAUGGAGGUCCUGGGAUGCCCAGACGACAAUACCCCCCUCUCAGCCUCGCUGAUGUGGUCCAAAGGAAAGCAGAGCAAUAUUUUUGGGACCAGCUUGGCUGCAGAAGUUGCCAGAAGGAGGCGUACAAGGUGCCAUCCAACUGUUUUAGGGACACCCCUCCCCCCUCUGGAUUUGUUUAGGGUUUACUCCUUAGCCUUUUCUUCUCUUGAAGAUAUCCCACAAGGCAGUGGAGGUUUAGGACCAGAGUUUUCCUUCUCUUAGAUGGGCUACCUUCCCAGGUUGAUGAGCGCCAUCUGUCCCUCACUUCCCUUUAUAUCAUGUGCAGAAACUGCCUUCUUGGCCACCAGAACCACUGAUGGAAGUAAAUACAGCAAAUCUGCCAAUUAAUUUAUUUGUAUGGCUACUGCAUGCAUAAUUGUGCUUCAUAAUUAUACUUAGCAUUUGCUUAGCACCUUCAUCUACUCAAAGAUGGUGCUAUUCACAUGCAUUAUGUGCUUGCAACAGCCCGGUAGGGUGAGCUUUAUUCCUGUUUUGCAGAUGGUACUUUUAAUAGUGUAGAGAACAAAAGUCAUAAUUGAAAUUCCCUGUUAAAAGGUGCAGAAGCUUUGGGGGGACCCAACCAGAUAAGUGGGGUAUUAAUAAAUUGUUGCUGUUGUUGUUGUUCCUCUCCAUCUGAUCAGCCUUUCUGGUUUUUUUAAACGUGAGUUAUCUUAGUAGCAUUCAUUACCCUUUGGCUUUUGUUGCUUUUCCUAGGGCCAAGCCAGAGGAUCCCUCUCUCCUGGACGACCCCAAGAUCAAAGAGAUAGCUGCUAAGCACAAUAAAACUGCAGCUCAGGUGUGUUUGAUUUAUGUGUUGAAUUGAGUACAUAAGCAAAGAACCUGGUGGACUGGCAAAAAGAGGAGGUUUUCAGAAGGCAGUGAGCAGAAAGCAGACCUGAGAAAUACCUGCCUGAUAACUUGGCAGGAAGACGUGAUUAGAUCAGAUGCACAAAUCAUGAUGGCUUCCUGUGUUCAGCAAUGUCUAGAUCCCCUCGUAUUUAACAAGGUUAAAUUGUGGUGAUCAAAAACUCAUUUCUUCAGUGCUCCUACUUGAAAUGGGGAUUUAAAAUGUUAGCAGUUGUAGAUACUAGGCUAAGGGGGAGGUCACUCCUCGCCAUUAGGUAAAUAAAAAAGGACCCCUGGACAGUUAAGUCCAGUCAAAAGUGAUAUGGGGUGCGGUGCUAAUCUCACUUUCAGGCCAAGGGAGCCAGCGUUUGCCAUGGGGAUUUCAAGGAUGCAAACUUUCUGGCAACAGAUGUGUACUAGGAAAACUGAGGGAGACCCACAACCCUUGGAUCCCUCAGCAGUUAAACUCCAUUCUGGAAUUUGAGACUUGAAGCCAGACUUUGCAGAAAGGGGUGCCAUUUUGCUAAAGAACAUGUGGUGUGUGUUUUCCCUGGCAAAUCUAAUUUUUAAUGUAUUUGUGACUUGGGACAGGAAGACUUACUUGGUUUGGCUUUGUCUUGAUCAUUAGGUCCUGAUCCGCUUUCAUAUCCAAAGAAAUACAAUUGUGAUUCCCAAAUCUGUUACUCCUGCACGUAUUGAAGAAAACUUCAAGGUAAGAUUGAAAGUAAGAUCAGCUCCCACCAGGAUUGGUUUGGGUCCUACAUGGCAUAUGUCACCCCAAACCAGUGCCCUCCAGUUACCUAGUGAACGGAGAUUAUGGAAGCCGUAGGCAUAGCUGUCAACAGUUCCCUUUUUUUAAGGGAAAUUCCUUUAUUCCGAAUAGGAUUCCUUGCAAGAAAAGGGAAAAGUUGACAGCUAUGGCCAUAGGCCCAACAACAUCUGGAGGGCAUCAUGUUGGGGAAGGCUGGUGCAAAUAAACAUAUGAAUUACAGCUACCAUUAAGGGAAUAAUCUAUUUUUGUUCUGUAUAUCUGCCGGCGGAUGGCUCAGCGGGAGAGCACAUUAGGGCUUAGGUUCAGUUCCUGACUUCUCCAGUUUUAAGAUCCAGGCAAAACAGCUGCAAAAGACUACAACUCACAUCAUUCCUAGCUAGCAGGAGCAGUCCUAAUGGAUGAUGGGAGUUGUAGUUCAACAACAGCUGGAGGCCCAAGUUUGAGAAACAGUCUAGAGAGUCUGUGCCGACCAAAAGAAGACAGCAAUGAGCGAUAAAGACCAACAGCUCAAAGGCUGUCAUUCUGUUUCCUUCUUCUGAAACUGUUGUUUCAGGUUGAGGAGAGUCUAGAAACUGAGAGGGAGGGGUGGUAAUUAUGCUUGGGAAAUCUGCGUGCGCACACACACACCGGGAAUGUCAUACCUGAAGGAGCAUCUUCACCCCCAUUAUUCUGCCCGGACACUGAAGUCCAGCGCCGAGGGCCUUCUGGCAGUUCCCUCACUGCUAGAAGCCAAGUUACAGGGAACCAGGCAGAGGGCCUUCUCGGUAGCGGCACCCGCCCUGUGGAACACCCUCCCACCAGAUGUCAAAGAGAAGAACAACUACCAGACUUUUAGAAGACAUCUGAAGGCAGCCCUGUUUAGGGAAGCUUUUAAUGUUUAACAGACCACUGUAUUUUAAUACUUCGUUGGAAGCCGCCCAGGUUGGCUGGGGAGACCCAGCCAGAUGGACGGGGUAUAAAUAAAUUAUUAUUAUUAUUAUUAUUAUUAUUAUUAUUAUUAUUAUUAUUAUCUGUCUGAGUCCUUGCUGCCACCGCUGUAAGCUCAUUCCCCCAGAAAGGGUACAAACCACUUCACUGCCUCCUUUCACCCCAUUUCAGAGAUGGCCCCAAAUGCCCUCCCCAACUCAUUGGAGCCAACCCCAAAACCAGUAAAAGAGGCCAACUCUACUAGGCUGCUUUGGGCAUCUCUCAACCCGACCAACGUCACUUUCAGAGGCAGCAAUGCUUCUGAAUUCCACUCAGGAGAAGAGUGCUCUCCUGCUUGCAGGUUUCCCACAGGCAUCUGAUUGGCCACUGUGAGAACAGGAUGCUGGGUUUGAUGGGCCAUUGGCUAAGAUUUCAGUGAAGGUAAAACGGGAAGACUCUUGCUUUUGCUUAUUUACUCCAUUGAACACUUGGGAAGAAGAGGCAGGCUACAAAUGCAAAUAAUGCAUAAAACAAGUGAUGUUAACCUCCACAAUUCUUGCGAACCUGCCAUGAAUUGGAAAUUCUGCUUUUUCUUUCUCCAUGCCAGGUGUUCGACUUUGACUUGACUAAGCAGGAGCUGGAAACCAUUCUCAGUUUCAACAGGAACUGGAGAGCAUGUGCAUUUAGCCAGUAAGUAGCAGGGUCUGAAAAAUCGAAAAGGGUUGAUAAACAGCAUUGUCGGACUCUCAUGUCCAGGAUCAGUGUAGAACAGUUCUGCAGUGCUUAGUUAGACAAUUGGUUAAAUAGAUCAAAAGAGCUUUUAAUAACAAUCGUUAAAAGGUGAUUGGGGAAACAACCUUCUUGGGGGGAAAUGAUAAAAGUAAUUACAUUUUUUUAAAGGCAUUUGUGCCAACCUUCUUUUACACAGUUCAUUUGGGGCAGUCAGGGAUGAAGACCAGCCUGUUCUAAUCUGGGGUGGGCAGACAUCAAGCUUGUGAGAUAUGAUAUAAUGCAGACAUGCAUUAAGAUUGCUGGUACAAGAUUAUUCUAAACAUUUCCUCAGCCCAUGAAUUCGUGAUCAGUAUCAGAACCAAGUCUUCAGGCCCUUUGACACUAAAAUCUGCUCCUGUUUCCUCCCCCACGGAGUUCUUUUCCAGAAUCUGAAUUUGCAGGUGGGGCAGUCUGUGGGGGCAGAAUGUUUUCAGUUGUAGCCACCACUAUAGAGGACUGGGAGUUGCAAUCUCUUGCUGAUCUACUACAAAUAACCCAGAAAUCUGCCAAUAGUGCUUAUGGCUAAUGCUGGCCCUUUGUUAGAGGACAUUAAAUCAGUUUUCACCCAGUGGCUAAAAAAGCUGGUUAGGUUAUCAUUUAAUCAUUUCUGACAACUGGCAGUUAUGAUUAGCAUAAAGUUAAAAAUUGCCUGACCUGUGAAACAGGUUCGUUAUCCUUACCAUUGGUAGGCAUGACUACUGACUUGGUCACACUCUGCUAUAGUUUGAAAGCUCUGAGCGUUUAACCACCCCUUUAAAACAGGCUCUUGCAAUUUUCUCUUUAAGAUGUCCUUCUGUAAACUUUACCGCAGAAUCCCCACCACCACUUUCUGUUGACGUAUCUGCCGCUUUUGGGAGCAUUAUUGAUUAGCUUUCCCUCAGGGCAAUCUCGAGGCCUGCUUUAGUUCCUAGAUCAGUGGUGCAGUCCGGACCUCUUAGUCUCUCGGGGAUCUUCUGCUUUAGAUGAUAAUGUUUAACUUCGCUUAGAAGUUAAAGGAAGCCAUCCCUGCAGCCUCUGGGGGGACUUCCUUCUCAUUCUGCUGAGUGGAGUCCUGGAUGUCUUGUGCCAAAGUCCUGCCAUGGCAGCACCGCUGUUUGAGAUAGCUGGUUUAUCAGAAUGUAGCUGAAGAAUCGCUUCUCAGUUCCAGAGGCAGAGAAGGGUUGAAAAAGUUUGGCCAGCUGUUUCCCCAUAUUUCUUCAUUUAAAGUGUAGAUGGUUUCUCUCUUCAUACUUUUCUUCAUGUGGCUUCUUCCACAAUUGUGAACAUUCAGCAUUCUGCUUUGAAAUUUGAGGUUUAGUUUGCUGACUACAGUAUGGUCCUGGUUUCUUAAGGUUUUUUAAAUGGAUGAUCUUGCUGCAAAUUUCAAAAAUGUCCAGCAAAGGUAAACUUUGUGGAAUUGUCUUAUCGUACUUUGAAGGUUCAGCAUUUUGCACUCAAAUUUCAAGUUCAAUUUCUGGACACUGCUGUAAAAUCAUGUUAAAAAAACAACUGUGGACAUUCUUCCUCAUACAGCAAGUACAUCCAUUAUAGCACUAAGUAUUUUCAUGCUGUCUGCUGGGAGUGAUGCUGGAUAAGGCCUUAACAACUUGUGACCCACCACCUAAUUUGUGUUUUUCCAGAUGCUCAAUAAGUCCCCUUUUUUGCACUUUUAGGGGGGCAGGGAAAACGGGGGGGGGGGUAUCUUUCCUUAGGUGUAUGACUAGUAGGCAGCAUUUUACUUGUUGGUACACAAAGUGUACUGGCCUAAAAAGAUACAGUGGUACCUCGGGUUAAGUACUUGAUUCGUUCCGGAGGUCCGUUCUCAACCUGAAACUGUUCUUAACCUGAAGCACCACUUUAGCUAAUGGGGCCUCCUGCUGCUGCCACGCCGCUGGAGCACGAUUUCUGUUCUCAUCCUGAAGCAAAGUUCUUAACCCGAGGUACUAUUUAUAGGUUAGAGGAGUCUGUAACCUGAAGCGUAUGUAACCCGAGGUACCACUGCACUUUUUGAGAGUUUAGGGUGUUCCACGCUUCCAGUUUGCCCUGGUUCCCCUAAAAUAGACAUUGGCAUAAGUAAAACCAAACUUCUGAUUUAACUCUUUCUUUUCAUAGGUGUGCAAACCACAAGGAUUAUCCUUUCAAAACCGAAUAUUAAGUCUGGUCCUGAAACUUUUCAAAACAGAAAAUGUGGACUUUUUGUGUAGACUUCCUGGCAUAAAAAAAAAAAAAUUAAAAAAAGCUGUCCUCUCCACACAUCUUCUAUAAACCUUUUCCAGCCUAGAUGCAAUAUGUUCUGAGCAGAGGUAUUUUUAAGAACAAAGUGGUGUGUCAUCUUUAUUUGUCAGAAUCAUCCUUUCCGAUAUGAGCUGUUGGAAUUAUAGAGAGGUACCACCGCUUCUCCCCUGGUUUCUCCCCUCAUCUGAAAAGACAGAAUAUGUUGACACUUUUUAUGGGAGACACAAGUUCUAAUGCAUUUUGUGGUUUAAAACUGUUUUUUUUUCUGGACACACCUUUGCCUUGGCACCACAUUGGGAGCUUCUAAGUUAUAGGUGUGUGUGCAAUCUGUUUGUUGCUACGUGGGUAGCUCUCCCUAAAGUUUGGAAGUGUUUUCUUCUUACAGAAUUGCUUCUAAUAAAAUUGCCUGGUUACUAUAAUGGUGUGAGUCGUCAUUUCCUGUUAAUAAAAUGCAUCAGUACAAUAGUUCAAAAACUU